GGCGGAAGGAAGCGUUUCCCUGGAGACGGCCGGUCUGGACGACGGCGGUGCCGCGACGGCGGGAGCACUUUGUCUGAAAAGAAGAAAUAACUGCUAACAGCAGUGAGAUUGUCUCUCCUGCACCCUGGCUAUGCAGGAGCAAUGGAGGAUUCUGAUGAAGAAACCUUUGAUGUAGCCAUCUCCUCCUUUUCUGAUGCAGAGUUUGAUGCAAUUGUUGGGAAUCUGGAGGAUAUCAUAAUGGAUGACGAUUUCCAGCUAAUGCAGAGGACUUUUAUGGAGAAGCACUACCAGGCAUUUGAUGACUCAGAAGAAAACAAGCUCAUCUAUACUUGUAUUUUUAAUGAAUAUAUCCAUUUAGUAGAGAAAUACAUUGAAGAAAAGUUGCUUGAACGGAUUCCUGGUUUCAGUAUGACUGCUUUCAUAAUGUCACUGCAACAGCACAAAGAUGAAAUUGCAGGUGACAUAUUUGAUAUGCUUCUCACAUUUAUUGACUUUCUGGCUUUCAAAGAAAUGUUUCUGGAUUACAGAGCUGAAAAGGAAGGCCGAAGUGUGGAUUUAAGCAGUGGGCUAGUAGUGACUUCACUAAACAAUUCAUCAAUGUCCUCCUCCUAGAACAGUUUAUGCAAUUCUUUGCUUCUGCAGAUGAAGAAUCCUGGAACUUUAAAGGAAUCCUGUUGACAUAUUUUGUUAGAGCUAAAGUAAUGGUUUACAGCUAAAAUUGAAAAUAUCCUGUCACUGUUUUUAUUGAAAGACAUUUUAAUUCUUUUCCUGUUGUAAUUGUUUCAAUUAAUUACUUCAGUCAGUGGCAGUGUGAGUAGAGUGACAUUCUGCUAGGAGUUCUGCUGUAUUUUAAACAAGGCCUCUUGUUAAUCCAAAGGCCACAAGUCACGGCUGGGGGUGAAUUCUUCUUUUGAUAGGGAAUUGUAUCUUGGUGAUCCCUGCAAGACCUCUCUGCCUCUCUGGGCAUCUGUUCCCAGGAUAACUCAUCCCUCUGUGACACUCCUAUUACUCAUCCCUGUUUCAAUGUAUUUUCAAUCAGGCAGAGGGGCUUUUUUUUAAGAGAUUAAAUGUCUCUAUAUAAUGAACUACC